CUAUGUCUCGUUGCGCCGACUAAGUUUAAGGCCACGUGACAGUGGCAAUACAGGCCCGAACCACGACUACAAGUUGACUGGUCUUCAAGCUGGAUUCCGCAUGGACUUUUUAUCGCAGACAUACAUUGCCCUUCGUGGUCCAACAGGUGCUCCUCAGUCUGCGCAGGACACGAUCGCAAAGCUCAGUGACCGGUUGUCUCCUUCUACCCUUCUUGCGGAUAGACGCGCAGCUGUCCUUGCUUUAAAGGGUUUGGUUCGCGAUUGCAAACAAGACGUCGGUGACAGGGCCCUUCCUGGUCUCCUCCAAGUCCUACAGAAUGAUGCGGAAAUAGACGCGGAAAUUGCAAAAGCCGUGCUCGAGACUAUUACCCAGCUCUGCGAAUCCGAUGACCAUUCCAAGGAUAUCGCGUUAACACACACAGACUACGUCAUCGCAAACGAACAGAUAGUUCAUGUCUUGUUCUCCCUUCUUGGCGACACGCACUUCUAUACCCGUUAUGCAACACUGCAGUUGCUUUCGACAUUAUUACAGAACCGCCGUUCUCAGGUUCAAGGAUAUUUCCUCAAAGCCCCAGCUGGUGCGUCGAGUGUCAUUGCCGUCUUGGAGGAUAAGCGCGAGAUCAUUCGUAAUGAAAGCAUCACCAUGAUUCAAAUGCUUAUUUCUCAAAGCCCUGACAUUCAGAAGGUGCUUGCCUUCGAAGGUGCAUUCGAAAAGCUCCUCAAUACCGUUACACACGAAGGCGGAUUGGAGGGAGGUGUGGUCUCACAGGACGCACUUCGGUGUGUCGACAGUCUUCUUCGAUAUAAUAGCUCGAAUCAGAGUUACUUCCGCGAAACGUCUCUUCCAGCGUUGUUAUGCUCCCUGUUGCUCUUCCCCUCCAAACUUUCCCUCCAAGAUGCACCUCCACAGGAGUUUGCAUUGCAAUUUUGGGAUUCACAAAAAGUAGCAAACGUGUCACUGGUGCUUGGUAUCAUGGGGAUGUUGGUUGGGUCUAAAGGCAGCGGUCAGGAAUUAUCCGUCUUCGUGCGAGGCUUCGUCGAACUCGCCCUCGCAUCCAAUGCACCAACACCCCUUAAGACUCAGGCGCUCCAUCUUCUUCCUGCCACGUUCACUUUCCCGCUUUCGGAAGUUAUUCUGACUCCAUAUAUGCCUGUGCCCGAGACACGUGGAGAAGAAUGGGAUAGACUGGAGCCUGCAUCGGCGCUUGAUGUACUUGUAGAACUCGCAUUGCACGGAGAGUACAACGGACUAUAUAGUGAUAGUCGUACCAAGGAUGGGCUUGAGCUGAGGAGUGCAGCUGUGAUUGUUUUUGAUAACUUUGUGCGGAAAGAGGACAUCAAACAGGCCAUCGUGCAAGGAAUGCUUCCUCCCCAAGCAAAAACUGCCGCCCGGUCUAUCAAGCCAUCUUCCAGCAUUCCAUCACAGGCCCAAAGUCAAGGACAACUUUUUGUUCCUGCCGACGGUUCUCCUUCAGCGCCAGCUCCGCCAGAAGAAGACGAGGAAGAUGCCCCGCAGAGUUUGCUGCACCUCUUUGCCGAGAACCUUUCAUUAUCCUUCCUAUCUCGCUCGAGGGCCGAGGACGACCGUGAGGAACGCGAGUGGAAUAGAUUGAUCGUUGGGUACAUUUGUCUGCUUGCACAAUGGCUUUGGGACGACCCUAAAGCCGUGAGGGAUUUCCUAGAAGCCGGCGGGCUGGGCACACUAGUUGAGCCUAUUAAUCAGACUUCCGAGUCGGAAACGCUCAUUCCUGGACUUUGCGCUUUUCUCCUGGGAGUUUGUUAUGAGUUCAACCGGGAACCAGGAGAGAUCACUCGCGCUACCAUCCAUCCCAUUAUUUCUCGGUUGGGUGUAGACGUGCUUGUUGGUCAUAUGACUCGCGUACGAGAGCACGACUGGUUCAAGUCUAUCGGUCCUGAAUCCAUGAUACUCCCCUAUCCAUCUAAGGCACCAAAUACUCCAUCCGCCGAACAGGAAGGCGAAAUCUGGCUUGACUGGUCUUUUGUCGACUUCUGGAAGUCGAAUCAACAUACCAUCCAGAGAGGUCUGACAACAGACCCUAAUACUCUAGCUUCAUCGUCAGGUUCAAGUGCAGAGUCCGCAAUGCUCAUCAAUUCUCUCAGAGAAGUCAUUCGCUCCCAGGUGCAGGAGAUAGACGCAUUGCAGCUUCGUCUCAAGGAGCUAUCAACCACUGAAGUUCGGUUGGUUGACUCAGAGGCCCGUGUUGCGGAGCUUGAGGCCGACUUGCAAACGUCAGAGGGCAAGAAGAAGGAGGUCGAGAAAGAGCAGGAGGAUCUUCUAGUCCUCCUCGAUGACAUGAGCACGAAGCGCAGACGGGACAAGCAGCGGAUGAGAGAAGCAGGCAUGGAGGUCUCCGAGGACGAAGGGGAUGAUGAUGACGAUCAAGAUGAUGACGACGCCGACGAGUAAAGCCCUCAUGCAUACUUGUAAUUAGUAACGGGAUACUCAUGGUCUCCCCGACCCCGAUGUCACAGCAUGGCUCCGAAAUCAAUCUUUGCAGGAGUAUCCUUUUGCUGGCUUUCUUCUGCUCCCAG